CCAACAGGCAGGAACAAAAAAAAGGUAAUCAUCGAUUUUUGCGUCAAAUGACCAGUGACCCGUUAAUUUGCUCUUUCCCCCCGGAGAGGAAAUUGGGACUUUGGUUACGCGCCUUGGGGAACUUGGCUAGCGUGCAUGUAGCGAUGCCGUGAAAGCCCAGAAGAUGCACAAUGUCAUGCGGAUUGCCUGUACUGAAGAAGGGACCAGCAGUCGCCCUUCUUGCUUUGUCUCCACGUUCGGAAACUUCCACGAUGCUGUUCUCUGGGGUGGGCAACUCCCUGGCGUCGUCAGGAUCUACAGCAUUGACACUACAAAGCUUCCUCCGAUAGCCUUCGUACAUGUAUUCCGCCCUUCCGACUUCAACAUGUUCUGGCGCAAGGACGAGUACUUGUUCCUCCACCAAAUUCCGGAGCGUGGUAUUGCAUGCUUCGUUGUCUUGCGAGGGGGACCGUUUCUCUGUUAUAGUUCGCAAGACCCGAAACAGGCAUUCUGCGCCAUCUCAUGGUCAACUAACGAGCGCCCAGAAACCAUGACUUCUUUCGCCGACGGCUACUCUUCACCUGCGAGGGGAAUAUAUAACAACGGUUACUCUCAACGUCCCUGCGGAUAUAUGGGCGUCUCCAACUCCAACUACACUGAACGAUACCCAGCUCUGACGCAAGCGCCAUAUAGGCGCCAAGGUACCAACUACUGGUAGCAAGAGACCCGACUCUGGCCAACCUAUACUAGGACGUAGACGUCCAGUACCUAGCCAGUUGAAGAAACUCCAAAUCCGUCCAGCGGACGUGUUGGGCACUACAAGUAACAGUGAGGCGCCAGAAUCUCUCGUUGGCCGGUAGCCUCCCAAGGGCACCGUUAACCCCGAGCCGAAUAAGGAAACACACUGGGAAGGAAGG